GACGGUAUCACUGUCACUCUUGAGACGAGCAGAAACAUGUCUUCCCCAGCACCAGCCGCUGUCUUACCGGCAGCACCUGCCAAGAAACCCAAGGUCGCCAGGAAGCCAAGGAAGCCGGCAGCUUACCCACCAGUUGCCAAGAUGGUCGCCGCCGCUAUCGCUGCCUUGAAGGACCGCAAGGGAUCCUCCCUGCAGGCCAUCAAGAAGUAUAUCGCCGCCAACUACAAGUUCGACGUCAACAAGCAGGGCCAUGUCAUCAGGCGUGUCAUCAAGACUAUGCUGGCCAAGGGUCUGAUCACUCAGGCUAAGGGCAAGGGCGCCGCCGGCUCCUUCAAGCUUGGGGCUGCCGCCAAGAAGGCUCCCAAGCCCAAGGCAAAGAAGCCUAAGAAGGCGAAGAAGCCCAAGAAGGCGAAGAAGCCCAAGGCUAAGAAGGCGGCGAAGAAGCCAAAGGCGAAGAAGCCUAAGGCAAAGAAGCCGAAGGCAAAGAAGCCUGCAGCCAAGAAAGCGGCCAAGAAACCAACAAAGAAGGCGGCAAAGCCAAAGAAGAAGGCCGCGAAGAAGGCUGCUCCCAAGAAGAAAAUCGUCUCGAGAACUUUCGACAUGGCUCGUACCAAGCAGACCGCCCGUAAGUCCACUGGAGGCAAGGCCCCCAGGAAGCAGCUGGCCACCAAGGCCGCUCGCAAGAGCGCCCCGGCCACCGGAGGUGUCAAGAAGCCUCACCGUUACAGGCCCGGCACCGUGGCUCUCAGGGAGAUCCGUCGUUACCAGAAGUCCACCGAGCUGCUCAUCCGCAAGCUGCCCUUCCAGCGCCUGGUCAGGGAAAUCGCCCAGGACUUCAAGACCGACCUGCGCUUCCAGAGCUCUGCCGUCAUGGCUCUGCAGGAGGCUAGCGAGGCCUACCUGGUCGGUCUCUUCGAGGACACCAACCUGUGCGCCAUCCACGCCAAGCGUGUCACCAUCAUGCCCAAGGACAUCCAGCUGGCCCGCCGUAUCCGUGGCGAGCGUGCUUAA